AAAAGUUUUUGUGGUUGUCGACGAGUCCCAUUGUAUUUUGGACUGGGGAGAAGACUUUAGACCUGACUUUAGACUUAUAUGUGAGCUAAGGCCUCAUCUUCCUAAGGGAAUGAAGAUGCUUGCAAUAACAGCAACAGCAAGUAAGCAUUCACAAAAAGAAAUUGCAAGUCUGCUAGGAAUGAAGGACUACAACGAAUUAAAUACAACCCCUGUACUAAAUGACAAUGUAAAACUCGCUGUCCAAGAAAGGAUUCCAUCUACAGGUGGGUGCAAUACAGUGCAGGAGGCUUACAAUUUUGUGUUCAAACCACUGUUGCUUCAACUGUAUUCUGAAGAGGAGGAUUUUCCCUUAACAGUGGUUUACUGCAAACUUCAGUGGUGUGGAUAUGCAAUAGAACUUGCGAAAAGACUCUUAGGUCCAGUCUACAGAUCAAGCUGUGCAAAUGCAAGAGUAGUGCAGUAUCAUGCCCAGCAGCCACAUGAUUUUACACACAAGAAGUCGGCCGUGCUGGGAGGGAUGGCUCAAAAGCAGAAGCAAUUCUCUGUUAUAAUGGAACAGAUCUUGCUCAACGACAUGUUGACAGAUCUGUGAAAGAAUACUGCAAAG